ACAUGGUUCGGCCGACCGAAGAAAUCCGUACGCGGGAGUGGGUCGCGUGGCUAUUCGGGCAGUAACACCAUGCCGAGGCCACACUCCGGUGACGAUAUCAACGAGAUCGAGCAACAGCGUUGCAUCAUCGAAAGGAUGGACGAAGAGACGGUGAACGAUAGAUUUGAGGAAAUGUUGGCUAAUAUGAAUCUAACAGAAGAAAAGAAGGAACCAUUGCGCCAGCAAUCGGAUUCGAAGAAGAAGGAGAUGCUGGUUUUGCAUUACAAGGGUAGCAUACAGGAGAAUCGAUCAAAAUUCGACAAACCGGCGGAUUACAUACAGUACUUGGCGCAGCCUGAUUUGAGCGUCAAUAAGAUCUACAACUGCAUUGAGUCUCUCAGGAUCGCGCUUACUAACAAUCCGCUCAGCUGGGUACAGGAAUUUGGUACCAAGGGUCUCAAGCAGGUUCUGGCUACUCUCAAUGAAUGUUAUCGAAAUGAUAACCGUUAUGAGCGAAUACAAUACGAAUGUAUUCGCUGUUUAAAGGCUAUUAUGAAUAAUACCGUUGGUAUAAAGGAGAUGUUGGCCCAUCACGAGGCCCUUACCAUUGUGGCCAGGUCAUUGGAGCCGACGAAACCAUCUGUAAUGUCCGAAGCUGUAAAGUUACUAGGCGCGGUGUGCCUCAUAUCCAGCGAUAGUCACAAAAAGGUUUUAGAUGCUGUUACUAUGAAUGGCGAAUUCAAAGGUCGUGAAAGAUUUCUGCCAAUCGUACAAGGUUUGAUGAAUAAGAAGAACGAAAAUUUAAGGGUAGUAUGCCUUCAACUCAUAAACUCGAUAAUAUCAUCCGCGGAGGAUCUAGAUUUUCGCUUACAUCUUAGGAACGAGGUAAUGCGAGUAGGUCUAGCCGAUAUUCUCGAAAUGUUAGAGAAAGAUGAGUCGGAAGACUUGGCUACGCAUUUGAAGAUUUUUAAUGAUCACAAAGAGGAGGAUUACGAGGAAUUUGUACAGAGAUUUGACAACGUACGUUUAGAAUUAGACGAUGUUAACGAUUGCUUUGAAGUAGUCAAAAAUAUGGUAAUGGAUACCUCCGCCGAACCAUACUUUCUAUCAAUACUUCAACAUCUUUUAUUUAUUCGAGAUGAUGCUCUGGUUCGACCGGCAUAUUAUAAAUUGAUAGAGGAAUGUAUAUCGCAAAUUGUGUUGCAUCGUUCAGGCUGUGACCCAGAUUUCAGCGCGACAAAACGCUUCCAGAUUGAUGUACAACCGUUGAUCGAUAUCCUAGUCGAAAAGUCACGGGCCGAGGAAGAACGCCGAUUAGUAGAAGUGAUGCAAAAGUUAGAGGAAGCUAUAGCUAGUAGACAAGAAGCCGAAGCGAAACUUCAGCAUGCGGAAAACAAGAUCAAAGAACUGGAGCAAGGAACAGAGAAACCUGAAGGUUUCGCUAGAGUGGCAAAAGGAAAAACACGAAGUGUGACAAGAACGACGCUCUGCACGAGAACGACGAACGACGCUCUACGCGAGGACGAAGAACGACGCCUUGCACGAGGUACGACGACGACACUUCACACCAAGUGCGACGAGAACGACGCUCUACGCGAGGGUGAAGAACGACGCCUUGCACGAGAUAUGACGACGACACUUCACACCAAGUGCGACGAGAACGACGCUUCGCACGAAGUGUGA